AUGGGAAAGCAAAAGCAACAAGUAAUUUCCCGCUUCUUCGCCCCCAAACCCAAACCCCCUUCAUCAACCACCGAUUCGCCUCCACCCUCAUACUCUCCCUCUCGUCCCACUCCUCCCACUCCCAAAAUCUCCACCACCGUCUCUUUCUCUCCAUCCAAACGCCGCCUUAUCUCCCAACUAACAUCAUCCCCUAACAAACAACCCAAACUCUCCCCAAACCCUGUACCCUCUCCAUCCAAUCCCUCCCUCCACCAACGCUUCCUCCAGAAGCUUCUAGAACCUUCUCCUCCUUCAGACCCACAACUCCCUUCGUCUUCCCAACCGGUAAAGUUUACUCCUUUAGAGGAACAGGUAGUGGAACUCAAAGCUAAAUACCCUGAUGUUCUUUUAAUGAUUGAAGUUGGUUACAAGUAUCGGUUUUUCGGCCAAGAUGCCGAGACUGCUGCUAGAGUUUUGGGUAUAUAUGCACAUAUGAAUCAUAACUUUUUAACUGCUAGCAUACCAACUGUUCGAUUGCAUGUCCAUGUGAGGAGGCUUGUGAGUGCAGGGUAUAAAGUUGGUGUUGUUAAGCAGACUGAGACUGCUUCUAUUAAGGCCCAUGGUGAGAACCGGGCGGGGCCAUUUUGCCGAGGUUUGUCGGCAUUGUAUACGAAGGCCACGCUGGAGGCGGCUCAGGAUUUAGGGGGAGGGGAAGAUGAGUGUGGGUCAGUGAGUAACUACUUGCUGUGUGUUGUGGAGAAGAGCAUUUUGGGGGAGAGAAAAUCUAAUUUUGGUGUGGAAGUUGGUUUUGAUGUGAGGAUUGGGAUUGUUGGUGUGGAGAUAUCAACGGGAGAUGUUGUUUAUAGAGAGUUUAAUGACAAUUUUUUGAGGAGUGAACUUGAGGCUGUCGUUGUUAGCUUGUCUCCUGCUGAGUUGCUUCUUGGGGAUCCUCUUUCCAAACAAACUGAGAAGUUAUUAUUGGCUUUUGCUGGACCCUCCUCAAAUGCUCGUGUGGAGCGUGCCUCACGAGAUUGCUUCACUGAUGGAGGCGCUUUAGCUGAAGUUAUGACCUUGUAUGAAAACAUGCGUGUUGAUAGUCCAUCAGAUUUGAUGCAAGGCAAUGAAUUGACUGAGCAUAAAAGUCAGCAGAUGGAAGUCAAGGAGGCCAUGAACCUUCCAGAUUUGGUUGUCGAAGCUCUAGCUUUAACUAUACGCCAUUUGAAGGGAUUUGGUUUUGAAAGAAUUCUGUGCUCAGGUGCUUUAAGGCCCUUUGUAAACAAUACUGAAAUGACUCUCUCAGCCAAUGCACUACUACAACUGGAGGUCUUACAAAAUAACAGCGAUGGAUCUGAUAGUGGUUCCUUGCUACAAACUAUGAAUCACACUCUUACUAUAUUUGGCUCUAGGCUUCUUAGGCAUUGGGUAACACACCCACUGUGUGAUCAAACCUUGAUCUCUGCCCGUCUUAAUGCUGUAUCUGAAAUCGCGGACUCUAUGGGAACUUGUAAUGGCAUGAAAAAUCUUGGAUGUUUCGAGGAAGAUUCUGAUGUAGCGAUUGUGCAGCCUCAGUUAGCACACAUGCUUUCAUUGGUUUUGAAAGCCCUGGGCCGGGCACCUGAUAUACAGCGUGGGAUUACAAGAAUUUUCCAUUGCACUGCUACCCCAUCUGAGUUUAUUGCCAUUAUUCAAGCUAUUUUGUCUGCUGGAAAACAGCUUCAGCAACUUAACAUAGGAGAGGGGGAUAACAAUAAUAAUAGUAAUAAAUUGUACUCUGGUUUGUUAAAGAAGUUAAUUUCAACCGCUUCCUCUGCAAAUGUUAUUGGUAAAGCAGCAAAAAUGUUGUCAUCUUUAAAUAAAGAUUCUGCUUAUAAAGGAGAUAUGGCAAAUAUGAUCGUUGCAACCGAGGGACAAUUUCCAGAGGUAUUUACAGCUCGAAAGGCUUUUCAGAUGGCAACGGAACAAUUAGAUCCAUUGAUUGGCUUGUACCGCAAACGGCUUGGAAUGCGAAAUUUGGAAUAUAUGUCUGUUUCUGGUGUAACUCACUUGAUAGAGUUAUCAUCUGAUGUAAAAGUUCCUUCAAAUUGGAUUAGGGUAAAUAGCACAAAGAAAACAAUCCGGUAUCACCCUCCUGAAGUAGUGACAGCAUUGGAUGAGUUAUCAUUAGCAAAAGAGAAGCUUACUGUUGCCUGCCGAGCUGCAUGGGACAGCUUUCUGAGGGACUUUAGUAAACAUUAUGCUGAGUUCCAAGCUUCUGUUCAAGCACUAGCUGCUUUAGAUUGUCUGCAUUCACUCGCCACUCUUUCAAGAAAUAAGGGUUAUGUCUGCCCUGGUUUUGUAGACGAUGAUGAGCCUGUUCAGAUACAAUUUUGUUCUGGUAGACAUCCGGUUUUGGAGACCACCUUGCAAAAUAAUUUUGUCCCAAACGAUACAAAAUUGCAUGCUGAUAGAGAGUAUUGUCAGAUUGUCACUGGACCCAAUAUGGGAGGGAAAAGCUGUUAUGUUCGCCAAGUGGCUCUGAUCACUCUCAUGGCUCAGGUUGGCUCUUAUGUUCCAGCAUCAUCAGCAAAAUUACAUGUCCUUGAUGGGAUCUACACUCGGAUGGGUGCUUCUGACAGUAUUCAGUUAGGAAGAAGCACUUUCCUAGAAGAAUUAAGCGAGACUUCACACAUACUUCAUAGAUGUACAGAACGUUCAUUGGUUAUACUUGAUGAGCUUGGGAGAGGUACAAGCACACAUGAUGGCAUGGCCAUUGCUUAUGCGACACUACAUUAUCUUCUCAAGCAGAAGAAAAGCUUGGUCCUCUUUGUCACUCAUUAUCCAAAGAUUGCCAGUCUGGAAACUGAAUUUCCAGGCUCUGUAGCAGCAUAUCACAUGUCACAUAUGAUGUCACAUAUGACGUCACGUGAUGAUUCAAGUAAAAACUCCAAUGAUCAUGAAGAUGUCACUUAUUUAUAUAAGCUCGUACCUGGUGUUUCGGAGAGGAGUUUUGGUUUUAAGGUUGCCCAGCUUGCACAGUUACCACCACAUUGCAUUAGCCGAGGUAUUGUCAUGGCUUCCAAAUUAGAAUCACUAGUAAACAGUAGAUUACAUGGUAGAUCAGGAAAGUUGUUGUUGUUGGAAGCACCGGCUAUUGAUCAAGAGCCAGAACCACAUGAUUGUCCAAUUCAAGACUUUGACAGUGCUUUUAAGGAAUUCUAUUCAAACUUAAAAUCUUCAAUACUAGAAGAUGACCGUGCAAAAAGCUUUCAACUUUUAGAGAAUGCUAGAAGCAUUGCAAAGACAUUAAUUAGCCAGUGA